CCGGGUGUCUCCGACAGGGUUUUACUGCGCUCGGGGCGGUGCCGACGCUUAGUGUGUUUGGAGCCGGCGGCCGGGCGUCGGGGCUCGGCGCCAUGGGGCUGAGGUAGAGUCGGCCCAGCUGCGGAGAACGGGCGAGCGCUUCUGAGUGACGGGGCCGAGCCUGCGCGGCGGCGAGGAGCGCAGCGCCGGCCGGAGGAUGGAGGACAAGAAGGAAGAAGGCGAGGCGGAGAUCCAGGAGCACGGGCCUGAGCACUGGUUCAGCAAGUGGGAGAGGCAGUGCCUGGCUGAAGCCGAGCAGGAGGAGGCGUUGGCUCCGGAGCUGCAAGACGAGGAGGCUGCGCAGCCGGAGCACAAGCAGCAGAAGCUCUGGCACCUCUUCCAGAACUCGGCCACCGCUGUGGCGCAGCUCUACAAGGACCGGGUGUGCCAGCAGCCGGGGCUUUCCCUCUGGGUCCCCUUCCAGAACGCUGCCACUGCGGUCACCAACCUCUACAAAGAAAGUGUGGAUGUCCAUCAGCGAAGCUUUGAUGUAGGAAUUCAGAUUGGCUAUCAGCGUCGGAAUAAGGAUGUCUUAGCUUGGGUUAAAAAACGCAGAAGAACUAUUCGUAGAGAAGACUUGAUCAGCUUCCUAUGUGGGAAAGUUCCUCCUCCAAGAAAUUCUAGAGCUCCCCCAAGACUGACUGUAGUAUCCCCUAAUCGAGCUACUUCAACAGAAACUAGUUCAUCUGUAGAGACUGAUUUGCAACCCUUCCGUGAAGCCAUAGCUCUGCAUGGUCUCAGUGGUGCAAUGGCUAGUAUAAGUGUUCGUUCAAGUACCCCAGGCUCACCCACUCACGUGAGCAGUGGCUCCAAUGCUAGUCGAAGGAGAAAUGGACUUCAUGAUGUUGAUUUGAACACUUUCAUAUCAGAAGAAAUGGCACUCCACUUGGACAAUGGUGGAACUAGAAAGCGUACCUCAGCCCAGUGUGGCGAUGUCAUUACAGACUCACCAACUCAUAAACGCAACAGAAUGAUCUAAACUGCAAAAACUUCAAACCCACCAUGCUGCUUGAAAGCCACUUGAUCCUCAGAGUACUAUUAAAAAGGAAACAUGAGGCCAUCUUUCCAUACUCACUGUUUAAGACGAAUUCAAUAAUUGCCAUAAAGGAAAUUUUAGAUAUUACAUUAGAUGCCUCUUGUAACUGCAGCUUUCUUAAAAUAUAUUCUUAGCAGAGGACAUCAGAUAUUGUGUAGUAGUUAGCAAGAUCAUCAUAGGCAAACAUGUAUCUGUUCCAAGGCUAAAAGUGACCUUACUUGUAUUAAAGGGAAAGGAAAUUUCAGAUGUUUAUUUGGUUAUAAAAUGCUUCUUUUUUUUUUUUUUGUCCUUUAUUUCUUGCUGUGUUAAGUAUUAGCUUAAACAGUAUUGCCAGUUUGACUGAAAUUGUCUACAACAUGACUUGGCAUCUUUGUCAAAACUGCAGGCUUCCAUUUUUGCAGCACUACCAUGCACCUAGUUUCUAUAUAGUAACAGUGUGCAAGUUAUAAAUAUUGGACUGUACCCUUUUUAGUUUUAAAAGCAAUUGAUAACUGGUUAUUGUGUGAUAAUGUUAAGAGGUGCUAUGAUGGUCAUGCAAUUAAUACUUAAUAUUGACUCAAUACAAGGAUCUUCAUUGGAUUCACUUUGUGUGUUCUAGUGCUCUGAAGUAGCAAUAUUAAACUUUUCCCCAAUUAACUUCAUAGGCUUUUAAAUUGGUUUAAUAAAAUAUAUGUACUUAUUGGUAUUAUCCUUGUGGUAAUCUUAAAACAGUGCAGACUGCACCAGUGCGGACCUAAGUUUAGAGAAAGAUGUCCUGUAAUUGGAAAAUAGGCUUUUCUGUUCAGUAUUAGUGAGGGGUAGGUUUUGUGUGCACCUGUAUCUCAUUUUGCAUUUCUUGUGAAGUAAUUGCCCAUUGCUGGGGAGGGGUGGGAAUGAGGGGGAAUAGUUGGAAAAGGGGUGUGUUCUAACAAGUAAGACUUCUGGUCUUGAAACUUGUUGAAACUUGGACUAACUUAAACAACAUUGUGUGAUGCAUGUCACUCCCUCCUGAAGGAGAUGGCAGGUUCUUUGAAGUGCUAAGAAAAUAAUUUAAAACUGGAAGUUGAUUAUAAAUCUCUGGAUAAACAUGCCAUAAGGAUGAAUUACAAAGGAUAAAUGGCUUUCUCUGUGUUGAGCUUACAUUCACAGAAUUGAACUCUGGCUGCUGUAACUUAAGCAUAAUCUAAAACUGAACUAGAAAUCAAGACUGAUCUGCUGCAAAUCCAUUUCUGAGUGGUGAAAGAUGUGUUGGGCUGGAAGAGUGUCCUCAGUAUUUUUACAUGUAGGUGCAACAAGUCUUUGGUGAAGAGCUCUGGAGUCUCUAAAGCUCUAUACUUAGGGAAGGGGUAAUACAGGAGGAAUAAGAAAAUGAAGAACUCCAAACCUGAAAUUUGGGAAAGGGGUAUUUAGUGAGGUGGUAUGCAUGCUUUAACUGGAAGCAGAGGCUGAUUCUUGGAUGAAAUGCAGCUAUGCUGGAUUCAUAGUAUUAAUGAAUUGUGGUGGUCUAACUAAGUUAAGGCACCUUGAGCUCUGUGUUAAUACACAACUCUUCAAGACUUUAGCUUACAUGCUUGUGAAGUCAGAUUUUUUUCUUGUGCAUUACAUUCCCUGUUUGAAGAGAACUUCACUGUAUUUUUGCUCUUUUUUACCCUGGUGUCCUCUCAUUAGUAUUCUGUAGUCAAGGCAAGACAGCAGUGGUGCCUAAAAUUCUCAGAAUUCAAAGUGCUCUACUAAGAGCAUGAUCUUGCUGUGUGGUGCUUCCAUUUCUUUAUAUUGAAGAGCUCUUGAAGAUGUUGACAGUUGCACAAUACUGUAGCCUAGAGGUUCUAUAAUCUAUGGGACAAGUUCAAGACCUGUCCAAAGCAAGAUGAUAAGAACUGUUUAAAACCUCCACCUGUGUUACACAGCUGAACUUGCACAUCACCUGGAGGCUUGGUAUACAUUAAUUUCAGUUACUGCUAUUAAUGACAAUUCAUAAGACUUAUUUUAUGUAAGAUAUUAGUACUGCAUAUAAAGCUAGUUUUCUUUUGAAGACUGCAUUUUCAACAGAGAUUUUUGAAGAUGGUACCUAAAUACAUCUGUUAGUAUUUAUUAGGCUGUGGGUGGAGGGAUUUUUCUGUUCCAAAAGAAAAAUCUGGAGGAUAUGUAUGAAAACCAGUUUUCAGCUCUUCUGUUUAUUCAUUAACUGGCUUGUACAAGUAAGAUGCUUAUUCUCUGUGAUUUCUAACACUUUAAUAUUACCUGUAGUAAAGGUAACAUCACAUUGUUAUCAGUUCUGCAUAUGUGGACUGAAGAGUAAGGGUGCUUCUGGUCAAUACACAGAGCCUGUUCAAAUUACUUCUCCCCUUCCCUGCAGUGAAAUAAAUCCUGUUAAUGCUUUGAAGCAUUAAUUCUGUCUAGUACCAUCUAAAAGUAAAAUUGUCUGGCUUAUGGAUGAAUUUGUGCCAUUUUUCUUUGGAAGAAAAUGGGCUUAGAUAUUAAACUGGUUGCAUUGGGUUAUUUUUUUUUUUGCUUGUACCUUAAAUAUUUGGCAACUUUUUGAUUGCUUUUUGUUUAGCCCCCACUGUUGUUUGCUCUUUGUUAACCUCUGCCAGAAUGAUCAAGACUGCAUGUAUUCACCUCGGAAACACAAGGAGAACAGGUUGUCUCUUAAAAAAAUAAUAAAAAGGAAGUCCCAUA